AUGGCAGCCUUCGUUCCUCAAGCAGCGCCCCGAGGUCCGUUUGGCCAUCCUGCUCCGAUCAAUGCGAAUGCAGCUCCUCUUGGCACUUUUGCUCCGGGCACGAAAGUUCAGGUGGGCAACCAUAGAGUUGUUAUCGAGAAAUACCUCUCGGAGGGCGGUUUCGCCCAUGUCUACGUUGCCCGCCUGCCCAAGCCCGUUGAUGGCUCCCAUAUGGCGGUGUUGAAGCGGGUGGCUGUGCCAGACAAAGAACAUCUGGCGAAUAUGCGGACAGAGGUGGAGACGAUGAAGAAGUUGAAGGGCCAUCGACAUAUCGUCAGAUACAUUGACUCGCAUGCUUCCCAAUUGAAGGGGGGAGGAUACGAAGUCUUCUUGCUGAUGGAGUACUGCUCGGGAGGAGGGUUGAUCGACUUUAUGAACACAAGGUUACGGAAUAGGUUGACAGAGCCAGAGGUUCUACAGAUCUUCUCUGACGUGGCCGAAGGGGUGGCCUGCAUGCAUUACCUGCGACCACCUCUCCUGCACAGAGACUUGAAGGUUGAGAACGUGCUGAUUUCCAACUCCGGCUCCUCGACAACAUACAAGCUCUGUGAUUUCGGUUCUGCGGCUCCACCAAGACCAGCUGCAUCUUCCGCUGCAGAGGGACGGCUCAUUGAGGACGAUAUUCAGCGGCAUACGACCCUACAAUAUAGAAGUCCAGAGAUGAUUGAUGUAUACCGAAAACAACCAAUUGACGAGAAGAGCGAUGUCUGGGCGCUGGGGGUGUUCUUAUACAAACUCUGUUACUAUACUACGCCUUUUGAAGAAGUCGGACAAAUGGCUAUCCUCAAUGCACGCUUCAAAUAUCCCGCGCAUCCGUCAUUCUCGGACCAGCUCAAGAUGCUUAUAGCAACAAUGCUGAAAGAGGAUCCAGCCAAGCGACCGAAUAUCUACCAGGUGCUGCAGCAAGCUUGUUCAAUGCAGGGAAAAGAGAAUCCAAUUCGUGAUAUAUACACAACUCGAAGCCAGUCAGAGAAUCGAAAAAGCAUCCAGUCGCCUACUUCAGUUGGAAUAGCUGCUUCAGCCCCUGGUGCUAUGCUGUCUCCACCGGUACAGAAGAAGCCGGCCGCACUACCUGAUAUUGCCCCUAUGAGGAGAGGCAGACCUACCAAAGCGACAUCGCAUCAUGGGUCAGCGCAACCAAGUCCCUCGCCGUUACGAAUGAUGGAUGAAAUCGACCCUUUUUCUUCAUUGGAUGGUGGUAAAAUGGGUGCUGCAGAUGAGCUUUCGUCACGUUUCCCCACCCUUGACCAGUUCUCACUUCUCACAGAGAAGAGCAACCAGUUUGAUUUUGAACCAUCGGCCGCCGACAGGCCUGUGCCUGAGAAGGCAGACCUCUCCCAGAGGGUGCUAAACGCUCUGGCAGACGAAGCAUUUGCACGACCUCCUUCGCCUGGACCACCGAAGCCUACCAAGACAGUUCCUCCAGUGAUCAAUCCUUCAUCUCGUGUUGUUGCCGACGGGAGGAAGUCAUACGAAACCAAAGACGUGCCCCGGCUACCAGACGAUAUUGCAUCCCCAGCCCCUCACAGACCGUCGAUGGUUUCAACAGGAACAAUGACGUCGCCCUCUCCACCGCCUCCGUCUGGUGACAAAUCAAUCCAUCGAUUUCCUCCAGCGAACCAUACAAGACGUCCUUCAAGCCUACCGCGGUCAUCGGAAGCCAGUAGACCAAUGUCAGGAGUCAGCAACGCUGGUUCAAGGCUACCUAAUCUGCUCAGCCAGGAUGCCGCGAAGUUGCAGCAGGUCGCACUGGCUGAGCCAAAGUCACCCUCUUCCUCCAGACCAUCCCUUGAAGGCUCCCGGCCAACUAUGAUGGAAGUUGAUAGUGGUGUCAGCAGGUCGAAGUCUACCAACUCCAAAUUGCGCCCUGCUAGUAUGAACAUUGUUUCCAAAAUGGACUUCUAUCGCGGCCAGAGAUCAAGCAGGCCGUCCACCAGCACGGCCGAGAGGCCUACCCACGAAGAUAGCCCGCCUCUACUUUCGGUCGAGUCCGAUAUAAAUAUUUCCUCAGAUGUGGAAUUCCUGCGGGCGAAAGAGGAGGAAGACAAGACAUUUAAAGGACAUAAGCGCCAUAGUAGUGGCUCGGGGCAGAAGAAGCGCGGCAGUCUCCCGUCACUAUCAUUAUCUGGCACCAAAAAUCUCCUCGCUGGCAGAUUCGGUGAUGCAUUCAGAAAGUUCGAGGCUGGUAACAGUGGAUCUAGCCACAGAAGUCGAAGUACGUCUCCGUCGCGAGAUCCUAUUAACGUCUUGACCCCUAUAGCUGGAUCAGAAGCGACUGAUCUGAGUGAGGAGCGACAUGGUCUAGACGAAACUGAAGAUCUAUCUCCUGAAACACGCCGUGAACUCGAGCGAAGGAGACUAUCGGCUGAGGAGAAGAGAGUGGCGAAUGCGGCAGCCGAGUACCGAAAGAGAUUGGCGGAGAAGGGUGGAGAGCGAGGCCGAGAUCCUACAAGGGCUCUGUCUAUACAAAACAAGGUCCAGUCCCUGUUGAAGGAAAAUGAUCGACCAGCGACCAAGACAGCCGCUGGCUAUGGGCGAUACACUAAUUCGAAUGGUUCUCCGCAGAUGAGUCAGUUCGAAGCGCCACAGAACAUGGCAGUCAAGCAAGCGCCUCGAAAUCAUGCAAUGCAGAAUAUUGCUGUUCAGUCGCCUCCUCACGUGGAUAACUCUUUGUCGGAGCCUCUACGUACCGUCACUUCACCGGCUAGUCUUCCUUCGACUGCUCCUAUGAAUCUUACUUCUCCGAGGGCCUCAAUAAGACCAGCUGCUCCACCAAAGCCGAAGAAUAUGAGGACGGGCACGAGUGAGACAGUUGAGCAGCCUGCAGAAGCUGGUCCAGUCAACAACAUCUCGGCGAGCAGUCCGGCUGAUGACUGGGAAGCCACAUUCAGCAAACGAUAUCCCAGCCUGUCUGGUCUGGAAAUGGUCGAGACAGAGAUUGACAAGGUUGCUACAAUCCGGGCGAAGGAGGUAUAG